GUGUGCGCAGUCUGCCUGGGGCACAACUCUCACAGCUUCAUCGACUGCACCGCCGAUCGCAUAUGGGACAACACAUUUCCAGCGCUCGCCACCCGCGUCAACAAACAACUCCUCCUGCGCAACUCCGACAAACCUCUGUGUGUGGACUGGCAAUGCUCUCGGGGUUGCUCCAGUCACUCCCAUGAUGAACGCCACGUGUGUUCAGGCUGUCUCUCCAGUACCCACGGUGCACAGGUCUGUCCUCGAGCACAGACGACAGCAUCCACUCACACCCUAUAA